AAAUUGGUUUUGAGGAAGAAGAGAUGGAUAAGUAUGAGGUUGUGAAGGAUUUGGGAGCUGGGAAUUUUGGUGUGGCUCGUCUUCUUAGACACAAAGAGACCAAAGAACUCGUUGCCAUGAAAUACAUUGAGAGAGGUCGCAAGAUUGAUGAGAAUGUUGCUAGAGAGAUUAUCAAUCAUAGAUCACUUAGGCAUCCUAAUAUCAUCAGAUUCAAGGAGGUGGUUCUGACUCCAACUCAUCUUGCUAUUGUAAUGGAGUAUGCUUCUGGAGGAGAGCUCUUUGAAAGAAUCUGUAAUGCUGGUAGAUUCAGUGAAGCUGAGGCUAGAUACUUCUUUCAGCAGCUGAUUUGUGGCGUGGAUUACUGUCAUUCCUUGCAAAUAUGUCAUAGAGAUCUGAAGCUCGAGAACACACUGCUUGAUGGUAGUCCUGCGCCACUAUUGAAAAUCUGUGAUUUUGGUUACUCCAAGUCAUCUUUGCUUCACUCUAUACCUAAAUCAACUGUCGGUACUCCAGCUUACAUCGCACCUGAAGUUCUUUCCCGAAGAGAAUAUGACGGAAAGCAUGCGGAUGUUUGGUCCUGUGGUGUGACUCUUUAUGUGAUGUUGGUUGGAGGUUACCCGUUUGAAGACUCCGAUGAUCCGAGAAACUUCAGGAAAACAAUCCAACGUAUAAUGGCUGUCCAGUACAAGAUCCCGGAUUACGUUCACAUAUCGCAGGAGUGCAAACACCUUCUCUCUCGCAUAUUUGUCACUAAUUCAGCUAAGAGAAUCACACUUAAAGAGAUCAAGAAGCAUCCAUGGUACUUAAAGAACUUGCCAAAGGAGCUUACAGAGUCUGCUCAAGCGGCGUACUACAAGAGAGAAACCCCGAGCUUUUCCCUCCAAAGCGUAGAGGACAUAAUGAAGAUCGUAGGAGAAGCAAGGAGUCCAGCUCCAUCUUUUAAUGCCGUCAAGGGCUUUGAUGAAGAUGAAGAAGAUGUGGAGGACGAGGUGGAAGAAGAAGAGGAAGAGGAGGAGGAAGAAGAUGAAGAAGAUGAAUACGAGAAGCAUGUCAAAGAGGCGCAUUCUUGCCAAGAUCCCCCCAAAGCUUAAGAAACUCUCACUCUGUUGUUUAAUAUUCAAUCUCCUUGUAUCUUUCCGUUUAUGUGAAUUCGAAGUUUUAAAAUUUUAUCUACGCAAUUCAAAUUUUAUCCUAUCAAAUUAAGAUAGCAUUUGAAC